AUGAUGAAUAAUUAUAUGCCUAAAAGUUUUGAGGAAAUUUUAGUUCAUCCUCAAAAUAAGUUGAGCAUAUUAAAUUUUUUUACAGAUAUAAUAAAAUUUAAUAAUGAUCCAAUAUUAAGCAAAGAAUUAGAGUAUAUAUGUAAUAAUAAGAACACAGAGGAGUGUAAGACACUAUAUUCUUUAAAAACAAUAUGUGUUAUAUUAGGGAUACAAGGUAGUGGUAAAACAACAUUAAUAAAAUAUUUAUGUGAUAAAUUAAAUAUAAGACAAUGUUAUUAUGAAAAUGAACCUAUGGAUUAUAUUAAUAAUCUUAGAGGUAUGAAAGAAAGAGAAACAGAUGAUGAUAAUGAUGAUGACAAUAGUAAUAAAAUGAACGAUAAUUAUUAUGAACAUCCAUAUAUAAAUUUUUUAUUAUAUUCAAAUUGCAAAAUAGGAAAUACAAAAAAAGAUAUAACUGAAUCUGGGAAAAAGAGAAAUCAUAUUAUACAAAAUAAAAAAUAUAUUGGAAUGAACGCAGAACAUAAAUCAACCUGUGUGUAUAAUAAUAAUAAUAAUAAUAAUAAUAAUAAUAAUAAUAAUAAUAUUAAUAUUAAUUACAUUGAUGAUGGUGAUGAUAAUGCUGUUAAUAGAUCUAUUAAUUAUAAUGAUAAUUAUAAUCUUUUUAAUUAUAACUCUAUGUUAAAUGAUAGGUUUCCUAUUGGAGGGAAGAAAAGAAUCAUUGAUUCAAACAUUCCUGAUGGUCCAAACAAAUUUGUUAAAAUUUCCAACUCAAAUAAUAUGAAUUAUAGAGCAACCAUAAAUAGUUCCUUAUCAUCAAAUAACAAUUUUAAUAAUAAUAAUAAUAAUUAUUAUUAUUAUAAUAAUAGAAGGAGUAAAGAAAUGAUUAUAGAAAACUUAACUGAAUGUAAUCAUAUGAUUAUUCAAGUAAUAAAAUUAUGGUUCAAAUUAUACGUUACAUAUAUGAAUAUAUUUAAAGAACUCUUUAAAUAUUCAGAACGUUUGGGUAAUGAAAAAAAAUGUAAAUUCCUAUUUUUUAAUGAGAAUAGAUUUUAUAGAAUUAUAAAUAAAAAGUUUUUAUUAUGUGUUAAAAUAUUUAAAAAAAUAAAUAAUAUUUUAUCUGUGUUACAUAAUUUAAAAGAUACAAUUUUAAAAGGAUUUAACGAAUUCAUACGUAUGGAAAAACAACAUCUAAUUAAUUUAUUUGUUGACGGAAAUUAUAAUGAAGAAAUGAUUGAGGCUUUAAAUAAAUUAUAUCAUACAAAUGAAGCCAUUAAUAUAACUAUAAAAGAAUCAAAUGAUAUGUCAUUAUCUACAAAUAAAAAUCUUGAUUUAUAUAAUAAAUUAAAAGUAGAAUUAAAUGAAGAGUGGGAUAUCAGAGCGACUUUAAUAGAAGAAAUGAAGGAUUAUAUUGAAAGAAAAAAUAUUAAUAAAGAACUUGAAAAAUAUAUCGAAAGUAAUAAUAUUAUGUAUGUUGAAAAGGAAAAUUCUACAAGUAUUACAAUUCCUAUGAUAAAUGAAGAAAAUAUUAAUGAUUUUUAUAUUAGAAAUAAAUAUAUGAAUAAAAAUAAAUAUAAUUGUAGAGAUAGUAGUACAUGUACAGGAAGUGAUGACAGUACAUGUUUCGAUAAUAAUUCUGUCAAAUCGACUAUUUAUGAGACAGAAUCAUAUAUAAAUAAUAUAUUAACAAAUCAUACAUUAAAUAAAUACAUAGAACAUUUUAUAGAAAUAAAUAAAUCAAAGAAAGUUAUUAAAGAAUUAUGUGUGACAAACAAUUUGAAAAGAAAUUUUAAUGAGCAUUAUCUAAAUAUUAUCCAUAAUUUGAAUAAAAGUAUGAAUGACAUAAAUAAUAUAAAUUAUAUAGAAAUUAAAAAAGGGAAAAUAAAUUUUCCACAUUUUAUGAUUCUACCAAAAGAUAUUCAUGAUAUAAUUGUAAAAGAGAACAAGGAAAAAGAUUUUUCUUCAUUUGAUAAUGAAAAUAUUUUAAUACAACUUUUGAUGAUUAAUAAUUAUAAUAUAAAUUUUAUUAAUAAUUUUAAUCUGAAAAAUAUUAUUAAAGAAGUUAUAAUUAUACAUAUGUUGUUAAUAAUAAAUAUAAAGGAUAUUAUAAUCAUUAAUAUGAAUAUUGUUAAUCAUAUAAAAAUGGAUGUAAUAAACAAUUUGAUUAUGACAAAUAAUUUAAUAAAAAAAAAAAAAAACUUUAAAAAUGAUUAUAUAUUUGGAAAGAACUUAUUGGAUAAACUAACAUCCAUCAUGUUGAAAAAGAAUAAUGAAGAACUAAAUUAUGAGAAUAUAAUUUAUGAUGAUAUAAAUAAUAUAAAGGAAUUCGAAGAAAAAAAAAGUGGUAAAGAUAGUGUUACAGACAAUGAUAAAUAUACAAAAGAAAAUAAAAAUAUAACAAAAAUAAAUAUUACUUGUUCUUUUGAAAACUCAAUUAUAAUGAUAAAAGAAUCUUUAAAUGUGUCUACUAAAGUAAAUAAUAAAUUAAUAAAAUAUGGUUAUGAAAUAUAUAAAUUAAAUAACAACAUAAUAAAUAAUUUAAUACAAAGUAAUACAUUAUAUAAUGAUAUAAUAAAAUCAUUACAUAAUGAAAUAUAUAUAAAAAACCAAUUAAUUAACAAUUUUGUUGAUAUUAUAGAUAUACAAAAUGAAAUGUUAGAUUUUCUGUUUUGGAUAUUAUCAAAUAAUAGCAACGAAAAUGUUAUGGAUAUAAUUAUGAAAAGUAGUUUAUAUAAAAAAGUAAUGGAUAUAGAUAUAAAAGAAAAGAAUAAAAGAGAAAAGGAGCGAAUUUUUUAUCAUAAUCAUUUUAUAAAUACUAGAGCUAUUAUUAUUGAUGAGCUUCCAAUAUCGGAGUUGGAAUAUUCAGAAGCAUUUAGAAACAAUUGUAUAUUUACAAUGCAAUUUAUAUUGAAUCGUAUAAAUUAUUGUAAAGAAAAAAUAAUAAAAUAUAAAAAUGGGGAUAUGAAUCAUAUAAAAGAAAAAAAUGAAACACACAAAAUAUAUACAACCAAUCAAAAUGGCACCACCACCACCACCAACAACAACAGCAACAACAACAACAACAACAACAACAACAACAACAACAACAACAACAAUAACAAUAAUAAUAAUAAUAAUAAUAAUAAUAAUGUCAUGUGUAAGACCAACAUGGAAUGUAAUACUAAUUUUUAUAUGCUUGGAAAAGAUAACUUAGAAUGUUUUAAAAUAAAUCCUAUGAUCUUUUUAAUAAAUUCUUAUGAUCAAAUAAAAAGUGUAAAUUCUUUAUUAGGUUUUGAUAUUAAUAAUUCUCCUUAUGUGCAUUUUGUGAAAUUAAAAAAGAUUCAUCCUGCAUAUUUUGAAAAAAUAUUAAUAGAGAGAUAUUAUUGUAAAAUGAUACAUUCAAAUAAAAAUAUAAAAGAUGUUAUUAAAAAUUAUGCUCAUAAUUGUAAUGGAGAUAUAAGAUCAUGUUUUAAUGCUUUAGAUUUAUUAAGCAGAAUACCAAACGUAAGUCAGAUGAAUAUAAAUGAAUUAAACAAUAUUUCUAAUACAUACCAGAACGAUAUUUUUCAUUUUGUUAAAAGUGUAUUAUAUAAUAAUAUACCUUCAAAUUAUACUUCAAGGGAUGAUAUAUCUCCUUUAUUUUAUUUGAAUUUUCAUACAUACACAAAGGAUGAAUAUUUUUCAAAUCACAUAGAUUAUGAGCAUAUUAAAAUUGAAGAGAAUUAUAAGAAGGAUAAUAUUAUAAAUAUAUUUUCAAAAGAUAAUUUAAAUCAUAAAAUAAUAAAUCAUGAGGACAAAAAAAAUCCUUUUGUUAAUAAUAAAAUGAAAGAUGCAAACUUGUUAAUUGAAAAUAAUAAAGAAGAAAAAAAUGAUGUUAGUAGUUUUAAAAAACAAUAUGAUAUUGAUCAUAUUCAUGAUGGACAAAAUAUAUAUAUUAGUAAUAGAAAUUAUAAUAAUGAUAAAAUUAUUCACAAUAAUAAAAAUAUAAACUCUUAUGAAAACUUUCAAAUACUUUUAAAAGAAUUAAAUAAUCAAUCAGAUAUGAUGAACAUUUUUGAAAAGUUUCAAAUCCUAUCUUUAUUAAAAGAAAAUUAUUUGUAUUUUUAUAACAAUCUAUCCGAUAUUGCAAAAUUAUUUACCAAUCUAAGUAUAAUUGAGUAUUCUUUUUGUGGUUUAAAUUGUACGAAUUUAUUAAUGAGAAAAUCAUAUGAAAAUCAAAAUGGUGAUGUUUCUAGAUUUAUAAAUGAUCAUUUUAUGUUAACCUAUAUGUAUUUUAUGAUAUGUAAUAGUAACCUACCUAAGGGUGUCUUAUAUGGAAAUCAUAUAUCUGAAACUAAUAAAAUUAAUGUGAAUAUAAAUGACUUACAAAGAAAUGAAAUGAACAAUGAAGAGAAUUAUUAUAAGGAAAGAGUUGAAACUGUGGUAAAAAAUAUGAAUACUAUUAUAAGUAUUGAUAAAAAUAAUAACAAUAUUAAUAAUAUUAAUAGUAAUAAUAAUAAUAAUAAUAAUAUUAAUAGUAAUAAUAAUAAUAAUAAUAAUAAUAAUAUUAAUAGUAAUAAUAAUAAUAAUAAUAUUAAUAGUUAUAAUAAUAAUAAUAAUAAUAUUAAUAAUAAUAAUAAUUAUUAUUAUACAUCAUUAUCUAGUAUGGAUAAAACAAUAAGAAUAAAUAAUCACACAUCCAUACAACCACAAAGUAAACAUUUGAAAAAUAUAUUUUUUUCCUUUAAAACCAAUCCAAUGUAUAAAUAUUAUCAUCAUUGUAGUAUACUAAGAAAAGAAUUAUAUGAUAGAUAUAUUAUGAUCGUUAUAAGAAAAUUAACAAAUGAAUGUAUAAACGAUUUUGAAAAUAUUAUUUCCAAAUAUUGUUUUCUUUUAAGAGCUAAUCAUGAAUUAUUUUCAAGUAUUUUCCCGUCCUAUAUAUUACUAAUUAUAAAUUAUUGGAAUGGUCAAUAUAUAAAUGAAUGUAACAUACCAAAAUAUGAAGAAAUAAAAGAAAAAAACGAAUGUGAUAAUACUACUAAUAAUGAAUAUGAUAAUAAAAUAUUUAUAAAUAAAAUCGAAUCUAAUAAUUUUAAGACAGCCUUAUAUUCGAAUAAAGUAAAUGAAAUAAUUGAUAAUUUUACCCCAACAUGUACAAAUAAUGAGAAUAGAAAAAAACAUAUUAAUGAAAUUAUUUUAUUUACAGAAACAUUUAUUACACCUAAAUUUAUUGCUCUCUUGUUUCCCUCUUAUUUAAAAUAUUUAAAAGACGGAACAAAACAAAAAAAAUAUGUAUUAAAUUUUAUUGGAAAUCAGGCAGUAUCUAUACAAACCUAUUUUGAAAUGAGGAAUGUCCUCAAAUUAAAUGACAUAGCAUUCUUUAAUUAUUUUUUUCAAUAUUAA